GUCGGCGGGCGUCCUCCUUUUGUGCGAGGGCCGGCUGCUCGGCUUCGCGAAGGUAAACAGCGUUUCCUCUUCCUCCUCGCGGCGUCUCUUCCUUUUAUAGUGAUUUCUCGCCUGACACUCGCCGGAGCCGCUGCUGCUGCUGCUGCCGCCGCGGCGGGGGCCGCUCGCAAACCUGUGGCGGUGACGUGAGACCCGCCAACCCGGAAACGGCGGCGGCGGCACCCGAGGCUCCGAGGCUCCUGCGCUCCAGCGCCCGCGGUCGCGCUGUCCUCGCUGCUCGCCUGGCCGCCAGGAGAAGAAACUGAAGCCUGGAGUUUGAGUAAUUCAUUCAAGGUUAUCAAGUUGAUAGAGGGACGAGAACAGAAUCACCAGCACUGGCUGAAGGUUUGCUGGCAUGGGUAAUCUCAUUAAGGUGCUAACCAGGGACAUAGACCACAAUGCAGCACAUUUUUUCUUGGACUUUGAAAGUACCUUAACAUGGGGAAUCUUCUUAAAGUUUUGACAUGCACAGACCUUGAGCAGGGGCCAAAUUUUUUCCUUGAUUUUGAAAAUGCCCAGCCUACAGAGUCUGAGAAGGAAAUUUAUAAUCAGGUGAAUGUAGUAUUAAAAGAUGCAGAAGGCAUCUUGGAGGACUUGCAGUCAUAUAGAGGAGCUGGCCAUGAAAUACGAGAGGCAAUCCAGCAUCCAGCAGAUGAGAAGUUACAAGAGAAGGCGUGGGGUGCAGUUGUUCCACUAGUAGGCAAAUUAAAGAAAUUUUACGAAUUUUCUCAGAGGUUAGAAGCAGCAUUAAGAGGGCUUCUGGGAGCCUUGACAAGUACCCCAUAUUCUCCCACCCAGCAUCUCGAGCGAGAGCAGGCUCUUGCUAAACAGUUUGCAGAAAUCCUUCAUUUCACACUCCGGUUUGAUGAACUCAAGAUGACAAAUCCUGCCAUACAGAAUGAUUUCAGCUAUUAUAGAAGAACAUUGAGUCGUAUGAGGAUUAAUAAUGUUCCAGCAGAAGGAGAAAAUGAAGUAAAUAAUGAAUUGGCAAAUCGAAUGUCUUUGUUUUAUGCUGAGGCAACCCCAAUGCUGAAAACCUUAAGUGACGCCACAACAAAGUUUGUGUCGGAGAAUAAAAAUUUACCAAUAGAAAAUACCACAGAUUGUCUAAGCACCAUGGCCAGUGUGUGCAGAGUCAUGCUGGAGACACCGGAAUACAGAAGCAGAUUUACAAAUGAAGAGACAGUGUCCUUCUGCUUGAGGGUAAUGGUGGGCGUCAUAAUACUCUAUGACCACGUACAUCCAGUGGGAGCAUUUGCCAAAACUUCAAAAAUCGAUAUGAAAGGUUGUAUCAAAGUUCUUAAGGACCAGCCUCCGAAUAGUGUAGAAGGUCUUCUCAAUGCUCUCAGGUACACAACAAAACAUUUGAAUGAUGAGACUACCUCCAAGCAAAUUAAGUCCAUGCUGCAAUAGCACUUCCUGGAUGAGCGCCUGCUGCAGGCAGAAGCCCUGUUCUGCAGUGAUGAGGACGCAGUUUUUAGUGAUUGCAAUUACGAUCUCAUUUACUCUUGCUUUUUAUUUCUGUCCUCUGUUCCUCUUCCCUCUUUUUAAAUCAUGUUCUUGUUCUUAAGACUUCUUUUCUGUGCCAAAACCAGUAAAGUUCAACUCUGAAGGGAUGUUGUCCUUUCAAACAGGCCAUCUAAGGCAGCUAAUUACGCAUUGCAUUGGGGUCUCUACUGAGAAAAAUUCUGUGACUUGAACUAAAUAUUUUUAAAUGUGGAUUUUUUUUGAAAACUAAUAUUUAAUAUUGCUUCUCCUGCAUGGCAAAACUGCCUACUCUGCUAUUUAAAAACCCUCAAUGACUUUAUUUUCUACUGCCGCUUUUUUCAUGUGCAGCCAAAAUGAAAAUGUUUAAAUUAACUGUGUUGUACAAAUGGUACCCAACACAAACUUUUUUUAAAUUAGUAAGACUUUUGUUUAAAGUUUUAAGUUUGCAUUUUGACUUUUUUGUAAGGAUGUAUGUUGUGUGUUUAACCUUUAUUAACUAACGUUAAAAACUGUGAUGUGUGCGUAGAGUAUUACGUAUGCAUGUUCAUGUUUAAAGAAUGGCUGUUGAUAAAAUAAAAAUCAGCUUUCAUUUUUCUAA